UGCUUCUUACUAGUUCAUGUUCUCAUAGCAGUAGGGUUGUCUUGCAAUUGCAGCUCACAAAAACGCCACAUACAUAUACCCUUUUCCCCUGUCUCUCUCUCACACACACGCGACGCGACCCUAUCUAUCGUUUCACUAUCUCCUCUGCUACAUCUCUUUCUACUCUCUCACUCCCUCUCUCUGCAACAACAACAAUGGGUGCUUCUCUGCCUCCGAAGGAGGCCAACCUCUUCAAGCUUAUUGUUAAAUCAUAUGAAACCAAGCAAUAUAAGAAGGGCCUCAAAGCAGCUGAUGCGAUUUUGAGAAAAUUUCCAGACCAUGGAGAAACUUUAUCGAUGAAGGGCUUGACAUUAAAUUGCAUGGAUCGUAAAUCUGAAGCAUAUGACCUUGUUCGUCAAGGAUUGAAGAAUGACCUUAAAAGUCAUGUUUGCUGGCAUGUUUUUGGACUCCUUUAUCGAUCAGACAGAGAAUACAGGGAGGCAAUCAAGUGCUACCGAAAUGCACUGAAAAUAGAUCCUGACAAUAUUGAAAUUCUGCGUGACCUAUCACUCUUACAGGCUCAAAUGCGAGAUUUAACGGGCUUUGUUGAGACCAGACAGCAACUUUUGACUCUGAAGCCAAAUCAUCGCAUGAACUGGAUUGGGUUUUCUGCUGCCCAUCAUUUGAACUCUAAUGCGUCCAAGGCUGUUGAAAUUUUAGAAGCAUAUGAAGGGACUUUAGAAGGUGAUUAUCCUCCAGAAAAUGAACGAUGGGAGCAUGGGGAAAUGCUUUUGUAUAAGAUUUCUUUAUUAGAGGAAUGCGGAUUUCUUGAGAGAGCUCUGGAGGAGUUGCGCAAAAAAGAAUCAAAAAUUGUUGAUAAGCUUGCAGUUAAAGAACAAGAGGUUUCACUUUUACGGAAGCUGGGUCACUUAGAAGAAGCUGAAACAUUGUACCGGGGAUUACUUUCCACGAAUCCUGAUAAUUAUAGAUACUAUGAAGGUCUCCAAAAGUGUGUUGGGUUAUAUUUAGAAGAUGGCCAGUUCUCUCUUGAUCAAAUAGAUCGGUUAGAUUCCUUGUACAAAACACUUGGGCAGCAAUAUAAGUGGUCUUCUGCUGUUAAGAGAAUACCACUAGAUUUUCUACAAGGUGACAAAUUUCGAGAAGCAGCCGACAAUUAUAUUAGGCCUCUCUUAACUAAGGGAGUUCCAUCUCUGUUCUCUGAUCUUUCUUCUUUGUAUAAUCAUCCUGGGAAGGCAGACAUUUUGGAACAACUUAUCCUCGAUUUAGAGCAUUCAAUUAGGACGUCAGGCCAAUAUCCUGGGAGUAUGGAAAAGGAACCCCCUUCAACUCUGAUGUGGACUUUGUUUUUAUUGGCUCAGCAUUAUGACAGGCGAGGGCAAUAUGAACUUGCUAUUGCUAAAAUCGAUGAGGCUAUAGAACACACUCCUACUGUCAUUGAUCUAUAUUCUGUCAAGAGUCGGAUACUGAAGCAUGCUGGUGAUUUUAGUGCUGCUGCUGCAUUUGCAGAUGAAGCUAGGUGUAUGGAUCUUGCUGAUCGUUAUGUUAAUAGUGAAUGUGUUAAGCGCAUGCUGCAGGCUGAUCAGGUUGCCUUGGCAGAAAAAACUGCUGUGUUGUUCACAAAAGAAGGGGAUCAACACAACAACCUUCAUGAUAUGCAGUGCAUGUGGUAUGAGCUUGCCUCGGGUGAAAGCUUUUUCCGCCAGGGUGAUCUUGGACGGGCUCUCAAGAAAUUUUUAGGAGUGGAGAAGCACUAUGCUGAUAUUAAUGAGGACCAAUUUGAUUUUCAUUCAUAUUGCUUAAGGAAAAUGACUCUGCGUACUUACGUGGAAAUGCUUAAAUUUCAAGAUCAAUUGCACUCACAUUCAUAUUUUCAUAAAGCAGCUGCUGGAGCUAUCAGAUGCUAUAUUAAGUUGCAUGACUCUCCCCCGAAGUCUACGGCGGAGGAAGAUGAGGAGAUGUCAAAGUUGCUUCCUGCUCAGAAAAAGAAAAUGCGACAAAAACAAAGAAAGGCAGAAGCAAGAGCUAAGAAAGGAGCAGAAGAAAAGAAUGAAGAGUUAAGUGCCAGUGGGGUAUCCAAGUCUGGGAAACGGCAUGUAAAACCUGUGGAUCCUGAUCCACAUGGGGAGAAGUUAUUGCAGGUUGAUGAUCCACUGUCGGAAGCUAUUAAAUACUUGAAGUUGCUGCAGAAGAAUUCACCUGAUUCAUUAGAGACACACUUGCUCUCUUUUGAAUUAUAUACAAGGAAGCAGAAGGUUUUGCUUACCUUUCAGGCUGUAAAGCAGUUACUGAGGUUGGAUGCUGAACACCCUGAUUCUCAUCGUUGCCUGAUAAAGUUUUUUCAUCAAGUGAGAUCCAUGAAUACUCCUGUGACUGAAAGCGAGAAACUGAUAUGGAGUGUCUUAGAAGCUGAGCGCUCAACUAUUAGUCAGCUGCAUGAGAAAACUCUGUUUGAGGCAAACAACUCUUUCCUUGAAAAACAUAAAGAUUCUUUGAUGCAUAGAGCUGCUUUUGCCGAAACCUUGUACAUUUUGGAUCCAAAUAGAAAGUCUGAGGCUGUCAAGUUGAUUGAAGAGUCAACAAAUAAUAUUGUGCCAAGAAAUGGAGCACUCGGACCGAUCAGGGAAUGGAAACUUAAAGACUGUAUUGCAGUUCACAAACUUUUGGGAACAGUACUUCUUGAUCAAGAUGCUGCAUUGAGAUGGAAAGUGCGUUGUGCAGAAUACUUUCCUUAUUCAAGGUACUUUGAAGGUAGCCGCAGCUCUGCCUCUUCAAACACGGCCUUAAAACAGUUAUCUAAGAACUCUGAAAAUGAGACUUUGAACCAUUCCGUGUGUACUCAAAACGUGGGAUCCAUAACAUCAAAUGGGAAACUAGAGGCAUUUAAACAACUUGCUAUCUGACCAAGUAAAAUACAUCCAUGAGGCUAACAGAUAUAUAAGUUACCCAGUUUGGUUGUUUGGUAAACCAAACUGCAUUUCUCCUGACUGACUGCAUUGCAGUUUGCACCGAUAAGGUCACAGUUUUGGCGCGGGUUAUGGCAAAUUCUACACAAUGGGAUCCCAUGUGUCUUCUCUUCACCAAUUCUCCCUCCCAACUGUGAAAUGUACUCCAUUUGCAAAUGUGUAUAAUUUUGCUUCAAUUAUGUUUUAGGAUUGGCUUUCUUUUUAUCUGCUCUCCUUUUUCCUGAGAGGUGGUAGACUGCGGUCUUUCAUGCAUUUGCACCACUGAGGUUAUCGUUUUGCUCGUUGGGAGAGCUACAGAAUAUUUUUUUGGGAGUUUCUGGUUCUGCUGCAUCCUGCCAACAUAAUUAUAGGGAGAGCAUGUUGUACCUUUCCAAUUUUAUUAGCUUAUUUAUCAUGUAUAAACAUUAAAUCAUGUGAAGAUUUUGUUACUGGAUGCUGAAAUGACAGCUUUAAUUUUGGAUGAA